UAUUGAGAAAGAAAAAGAGAAAUCCCUAACCUAUAAAUCUUGAAGUUCAGUAGAUCAGAGUGUUGCUGCUACACGUAGCGAACGUACGACUGAAAUAAUAAUAUAAAUAUGCGAUAAAUAUUUCACGAGAAGGUGCACGAUGCAACGGGACGAAAAGCAUUUGGAUUCGGCUUUGGAGGCCAUCAUAAUGCGAGUGAACGAUUUGAAAAACGCCAUCGCCGCGAUGGUAUUCAAACUGGAACACGAGUACGAGACUUUGAAUUGGCCCAAUUUCCUCGAUAAUUACGCCUUAAUUUCGGGUCACCUGACCAGUCUCUCGAAAAUUCUCGCGCCCGACAAAGCACCGAAUCUCAGAAAUUAUACGGUUCUACCACUGCGCCUAAGUCCGGAGAAGGAUGAGGAGUUGUUGAGGUUGACAGAAGGUAGAAUCCCUACAUUUGCACACGACUUGGUGCCAGACUAUCUGAGAACGAAACUAGAGCCUCAAGCUGAGCAGAAGAUGAUGCAAUUCGAAGCUAAAGCGAAUGUCAACAAUGAUGUCUCACAUGACUACAAUAAACAACUGAUGCAGUAUACAAAGGUGGUCGGCCAUGUGUGGGACAUGGCGAACAAAGCGCGCGAAGAAUGGGAGAGUGAGGCUGGUGCCAGAGCGACGCAAGCACAGACCAACAGUGCUGCGGACACCCAUACUCUCGUGGCCGCUAUAGGGACGGGUAAAGGUUUGAAAUCUGACAUACAAAUGGUUCAAUCGGGCGUAAAUGCAGUGGCUAAUAGCAUGAUGGUGGGUAGACCUGGAAACCAACAGCAAACACCAGGACAAGGGCCCCUAGGCAAUCCAUCGUUGGGACAAAUAAGCAAGGCGCCCAGUGCGAUAAAAACGAAUAUCAAAGCAGCAUCGCAAAUCCACCCUUACAGAUAAGUAUAAGAUAUCAGUAUAAGAUGUCUAUAUAAUAAUCGAUAGUGCACGCGAGCACUGAAAAAAAUAUAAGAUAUUCAAAUAAUAUAAUAUAAACAUUAAACGUCACAGAAUGUUGUAUUAUAUCGUCGAUUGUGUGUAAUCUUUUUCGUAAAAAAGAUUAUGUAAAUAUAUGCAAUAUUUUGAAUAA